AAGGAGGGGAAAAAACCCUGCCGCUGCAGCCUGAUUGGAUGUCACUCCAAAGGGUAGGACGUAAACUGGCUGGGAGGUGGAAUGAGGCAUAAAUAUUCGCAGGGGUUUGGAGAAAUUAGGUGAAAGCAGAGCUAGAGAUGUGCGGCGCGUCUGGUUUCUGGGACGGGGAAUUCGAAUUUGACGAGGCUAUAAAGUAGUCAGUGCCUCAUCUCUCAAAUUCGAGCUGAGGAAGGUCGGGGGGGGGGAGAGUAAAACUCAUUCGUCAUCCUGAACGUCAAUUACAGGGUUGCUUUUAUAUAUUUUUUUAACUUCAAAAAUAGGCUUAUAAAUGGAUUUCCAUGACACAAGCAUUUAAUUAUAACCAAGCCCAAUUAAAAUAGGCAAUAAAGCAACCCCAUUAAGAAAAUGCAGUAAUUAAAGCAGGAGAUUUGGGUGCAUCCAGGUGUAAACAGGUGUACCUUCAAUACUCUUGUAUUCUAGUUAGCAGUGCAUCCCAUAAGAGCGGUGUCAUCAGGAAUAAAUGGGGUGGAAGCUGCCAUAUUUGGGAGUGGGUUUUGCUUGUGAAUUGAUUCUUCUGAGUCUGUAAAGUGUUAAGGUCACAGAUCUGAGAUAUAUUUGGACCUCUAGGCAGGAGUUUUCAUUUAUCUUCUUUCUUUGUCUUUCUUUAGUUAUGGUUCUACAUUUUGAAGCUCACUGGGGACCCAGAGGUUUUCAACCUUUUUGAGUCCAUGGCUCCCUUGACCAACAACAUUCUUUCUGCGGCACCCCUGUGGGGCUCAGGAGCCCAGUUAUGUCACCCCUUGCCUGCAGAGCUGGCAGCCUCUCACUCUUUUUCAAACACCCUUCCUUGUGCAGUUUCCCUCAGCGUCAUCUCUUCUCCUUGUGACUCCUCUGAGCAGCUGCUGCUGCUGCCCCUGCUCUCUGAGUUUCCUACCCUUGCCCCAAAGAGAGGUGCCUCUUCACACUGCCUCACAGAGGCCUGGGAAGAAGAUGCCCUCAGUCUUUGUAGUCCAACAGAGACAGGCCAAAGGUGAAUGUGAGGCCAGCACCUUACCUUGAGAGGCAGCAGUGGCUGCUACUGGGCUGGUAUGGCAAAAAGGCUCUCCUUCAGCACUGGGCACUCAGCUCCCAGGCUAGGCAUUGCACACAGCAAGCACAAAAAAGACCAAUGCAGCACCUGCCUGCCUGGCCUCCCACUUGGCUGUCCAUUCCCAAUAGCAAGGGCCGGCAGACUAGCUGGCUGGGCUUACUCGCCCUCUUGCUUGCUUAUUCCAAGGCUGCCUCAGCUCCUAACAACCAGCACCCCCUGGCCUAGCCCCAGAGCGCCUGCGGAGCUUGUAGCCAUGACUGCUGCAACAAAUAGCUGUGCACACCUUUGGGAGGCAGAGACGCAAGAGGGCAUCAGAACAGGGAGGGAAGGAAAGAGGGACAGAGGCCAGUAUUGCCCACAGAAUCCCUGACCAUCAUUCAAGGUACCCCAGGGUGCCACGGCACACUGGUUGAAAACCACUGUCUUAAGCUGUUGAACUUCAGUAAACUGAUUAACUUUGCUGCCUGUGCGUGUGUAAUGUUGGACACAGCACUGGAUUUUCUUUGUCUGCACAUGCUACCAGCAUGAGUUUGACCAAACUGCGGGAGGCAGUGGAAGACAGGAGUGCCUGGCGUGCUCUGGUCCAUGGGGUCACGAAGAGUCGGACACGACUAAACGACUAAACAACAACAAACAACAACAACUGCACAUGUCCAGGUACUCUGCUGCUUGGUUUUCCGUGCCCAUGUGCUAGAGGUGAUUGGAUUUUGCACCAGCCCUGACCCAAGGCACCUUUAAACCAUGCUGGCCUAGAUGGAGAGGAUGAACAAAUGGACUCCAGCCAAGAAGGAUGAAGGUAUCCCAUGAAGGCAGCUUAUCUAAGAUCCUCCCAGGACUUUCCUGUCAGUUUGUCUAAACUGGAAUAUUGUUUGCUUCUUGAAUGCCUGAAAUAUUUUUGCAACACACCCACACCCCUGUCAUUUAUGUUGGAGUUGUGAAGGAUGAUGACUGGGAACCCUACUGCCAUCACUAUGCUUGGUGCCAGUUGUCAUUGCUGGUUGGGGUUGAUGGGAGCUGGCUCCCAAAAGGACAUGGAGGGGCACAUAUUCCUCAUCCCUGGGGGGCGGGGGGGAGGAACAUCCUCAUUUCUGCCUCCCACCUCCCGAUUCUGAGGUCCAAUGACAAUUUUGAUGCUUUGGGUUCAAAAUUGAAAGUUUGGCAAGAUUAUUGCACUCAUGCAUUGAACAACUAGAACAGAUUAUUUCACCUGACCUUUCAGGCUGGAAUCCUAUAUCUCCUUGACCCAUUAAUGACACAGCACAAUAUUUAGUAAAUAAAUAAAUAAAUCGAUCUUAAUAAAUGCUUUUCUUAAAAAAAAAAGGCACGACCACAUGAUAAAUAAAAGCUCCAUCAGAUUAGCCAAGGAAUAGCCUUGGAUCUGCUUCUAAUUUUCCUCUUCUUCAGAAGGGCUCACAACAAACAGUACUCUGAAAUCUCUGACGCCAUCUGGGGCUUUCCAAACUGAAUUAUUUUCAUUUCCUCAUUCGGCUUUCCAGCGAGCUAACGCUUCGCGGAAAUAAAACAGCGGAUGAGCAUCCACUGAACAGUUAGUUCAAGGAUGUCGAUGAAGUUUGAAUUGUCCCCGUAUCUUUUCCCAGAGGAAAAUCUGAUCCUAGAGAUACACUUACACGGGAGCAAGUCCCAUUGCAUUCCGUGGGUUUUACUUCUAAGUAGACAUGAUUGGCAAAUAUCACUGAGUGCUUUUUAGAAAUGGAUGAUUCUCAGUUUCGCUCCGCCCCGUUGUAGUCCCCCCCUCCCGGUUAUUCUGUUAAUAAGGACUAGUCAGAUAAAAAGACAGGAUGUUCGAACGUUUAGGUAAGGAAGAUAAGACGGUAAGGUAGAUUAAUCUCCAAAAUAAAAGGUGCCGAAGCUGCUCAAGACUACUAGAAAAAGGAGCGUCCCCCUUGUAGACCCUUUACGACGUUAUUUAGUAUGUGCGCUCUGCACACGUUCAGAUGCCCCCCUCCCUUAAGAUAACGCGAAACUUUUCAGAAGUCAGCCGGGACGCGAGAAACAACUUCUAAGGCUGAGCUGUCUGUGCUCAGAGCAAAAUGGGAAGGCUUGAAACGGAAAGGAGGGGUUAUAGUGGGAACGAAAAUCGAAAGUAAAACGAGUCUGCUGCUCUCUCUCUUUGCAUUUGAGCGAGAAACUACUUCCAAGCUCAGCCAUUUCCCAAGAUGGCUGAGAGGGAGGAGGUCUACAUUUUCCCAGUCUUGGUGGAAGCGAAUUGGGGCUGCAAGAUUUCCAAAAGUCUGAAGAAUAAGCUUUUGCUCUACUUCCAGAGUUCGAAGAGAUCAGGAGGUGGAGAGUGCAAGAUCCAUGUGGAAUCCGGCAAGGAGGAGCGGGUAGUGGUCUGUUUCGCAGAGGAAGAAGGUGGGUUGGGGGCAGCUUGUUUGGUUUCCGACUUGUUGACAAUAUAUGGGAGGAACUCAAUAUAUUUAUUGGGGAAAGGAAAUAAAUCAAUCCCCAUGGUAGGACGGUGCUUUGUGGGUGUAGAAAUCCGUCUGAUAGGGCGCUGCGUAGUAUGCGUCUACUCAGAAGUAAGCCUCAGUGAAAGUGUUUUCUGUAACAAAUAAAAUGCAUGGCGUUCUUUUACUUUGACGUGUCCACUGCCUGCGCUCGCUGAUUGGGGAUGGUUCACCUUAAAAGGAGUUUUGAUGACUCACUGCGAAAGAUGAAUAUUCUUCGACUUUGUUUUAGUUAAUACUGUAUACAAGUCGCCAAGUUUUAGAAGGAGCCCUUCCGUUGCAGAAAUGGUGGCCUUGCAGCGGAAACGGAGAGAAUAGUAGCAACCCCAGCACAGUUGUUUGUUUUUUUAAAGUAUGAGAAAGAAAAACCAGGAGGCAAACAGAUACCAGUACAUGGUAGAGUAAGCUUAUACAUGCUUACGGGGGGAGUAAUUUCCAUGGUUCUUAAUGGGGCUUCUGCAUAGACAUCUAUAGGUUUGCCUCGAAAGAGAGGCUGAAUUUUUUGUUUGCUUGAAUAGUCUAUUUGUGAUUGCUUCUCAGCUUUCUUUUCCAGGAAUCCAUAAAUGUUAAGUUUCACUUCUGGUUUCUAAACUCGGGACCCUCUUACAUGCUAGUUCUUUCUUUGUUUGUGGCUAGCAGUGUUCACUUCUUAAACCUGAAGUAAAUAAAAAAAUGUAGUAUUUCAUAGUGAGGGGGUGCAGCCCCUUAUUUUACUAACAAUAUAAGGCUGUUUACAGCCUCCCAUUUAGUUUGCAUCCUGAGGUUUCUCCCCACUAGUUUGGGAAGAGGUGCAGUCACUGUCCUGUUAUUUCUUACAAAAUCCUACAUUUUAUAUUUAUUUAUUUCACAACACGUACACUGCUUGAUUGUAAAAAACACACACCUUCAAAGUGGUUUACAAAAGAUAAAGCAGUAAAAUCAAGAAAAAAUUGCAACUCUACUACAAAAGUUAAAAUACCACAAUUCUAACUUUUAUUGAGAUUACAGUUACCUCAACUGUUGAUUUACCUCAGCAUCAUUUGGAUGGGUUUCUUCCCAAACCUGCUUCAAUCUGAAUUGAGAAAAAGAACGGCAUAGCUGCAGCUGUGUCUACACAGUAGUGUAGACUUAUUUAUUUGAGUUGCGUGGAGUUCGUGGUUUUGGGUUAAGGCAAAUAAAUGCAUCUAAACUUCCUUUCCCUUUUUAAAAUACUUAGAUUUCUAAGAUGUGCCAUUGAACAACAUGUAUCAGGAUUAUGUACCUCCCAUUUAUUUUCUGCUAAUAUAGGUGUAGGGCUGGUAAAGAUUCCCAUCAGAACGCCUCUACCAGUCAGAGGCCUGGUUCUCACACAAGCUAAAUCAUGGUUAAGUGUGAACAAGUAAGUGUGUGGGUAUUUUGGCUUAGCAUUGUGUCUGAACCCAGACUCGUGUGUUGCCUCGCUCCAGGUAAAUCAUGAGCUGUAGUCAAUGCUUGUUCUGUGGCUUAUGACUCAUGGUUUGUCUGAAGGAGACAACCCAUGAGCCUGGGGUUGGAUGUAAUUCUAAUGCAAUCCGUGGUUUGCAGGAUUGGGGAAGAAGCAAAUCACUUGCCAUUUCCCCUCUUGAAUGCCCAUGUAAUUGCUUGCUCACAGUUUGACUUUUUUUAAUGUGUGGAUUAGGUGGCCCAUUGGUCUGACAGUAUGAGGCAGGUUUGUGAUGGUAUCAUAAGGCUACAAGCUAAGGUUAUUUUGAUACAAUGAUGGCUUUCCUGUUUUCCAUUUUAGUGAGGCAGAGAGUCCUUAACAUGAACAAGCAUGAACUUGAUGUGCCUGAAAAAAAGAAAUUGAAGCUGGCCGUCUCUUUGCCUCCUGAGGCAGCAGCUGACGAUGAGCCCCGGCAAGAACCAAAUGCAAGUCCGGUAAAUGUUACAUGCAGUUCUACUCUGAAACUAUUUGCAUAGCCAAAAAUCUUUUUUGCCUCUCUGCAUUCUGAUCACCCUAGGAGUGAAUUUGCACUUGGGGAAUACAGUGUAUAUUGCAUCUUCCACGCAGAAGCAAUUCCAGUAGCUACAGAGGCUGAAACGUGACACAGUGAUGGAGACCAUGACUAAGAAGGGAUGUAUUUGUUGAGGGUCCCCAAGUACAGUUACAGACGCUUCAGGUUACAGACUCCGCUAACCCAGAAAUAGUACCUCAGGUUAAGAACUUGGCUUCAGGAUGAGAACAGAAAUCAUGCAGCGGCGGCAGUGGGAGGCCCCAUUAGCUAAAGUGUUAUCUCAGGUUAAGAACAGUUCCAGGUUAAGAAUGGAACUCCAGAACGAAUUAAGUUCUUAACCUGAGGUACUACUGUAAUGUGAUGUUCAAACUCUGUCCCCGAGAACUCUAGGAUUCCCUGGAACCUUAUCAAGAGUUCCAUGAAUAUCGGGAGUAGUAGAAAAGUUUCCUGAAAGGUAGCUUGUGUUCCCACUACUGUCCUCCUUCGGUUUUUAGGGAUGCAUUGGGUACAUUAUCAGUUGGUUGGGGUGAUAGUGAGGCUCAGCAGGCCUCGCAAAUGCCCUGUGUAAACUCUAGGCCCUAGCAUAUGUCCCGAAAUCCUUUUGCAGCAGCAUUCAGGGGUCUGUGGCAGGUAGUCUGGAAUUUAUCAACAUCAGUCAGUAUGGAAAGAGUUCCCUGAAGUCUUGGACAUUAAAACAGCAGCUUUAAAUCAUAUCCAUACUUACUCAAAAGUAAAUCCCAUUAUUCAAUGAGACAUACUCCCAGGCAGGUGUGCAGAACACAUGACUAAGGCUGACAUUCUGUGUUUUCAACUCACAUGGGUUUCUUGGAUUGGUAGGACAGACCGUAUGGAGGAAUAUUUCAUUAUUUUCCUCUGGGCAGAGGGUUUGCUUUCUGAUGCCUUACUUUUGUCUUGCUUUCAGAAGCCUGUUACAGCUGAAGAACCCAAAGAUCUGGGUAAGUUACUUUUAAAAAUAUCCUGGGAAGCAACAAUGAGUUACUUUUUGUUUUUAUACAAGCCUUGUAAGUAUGCUUCUUUCUGGGAAAGAAUAUUCAAAUUCUGCUAUUUGGAGAACUUUUUCUUUUCUUUUUUUUAAUUGGGAUGGGUUUGGCUGGUUUGUAGUCAGUGUAGGAAACAUUGUCUUUCUUUGCCUUUUGAUUCUAGAACUUCCAAAAGAUGUGCCAGAAAAGUUGGUGACCCAGGAAGAAUUCAAUGAAGUGGUAGUGACGCCUGUGGGGAACGAACUUGAGCUGGAGACUAUAGAGAUGUACUUCGAAAGUAAAAAGCACUCUGGCGGGGGCCCCAUUAAGUCCUGCCUUAAAGAUGGAGAACAAUUCAUCAUCACCUUUGCAAACAAAGAAGGUAUCUUUAGACAGGGCUUGUUACAUAUAUUACAAUGGGUGGGGAACCUCAGACCCAUGAGCCAAACAUGCCCCUCGGCCUUGGACUUUUCCCAGAUCACUUCCUCUCCCCAAGCCAUUUUUGGUUGGCUGGAAUGUAGCCUAAGGAACAAAGGAAUAAAUUGCCUCUACUCCCCUGCUCACUUUUGCCUCUGGUCCUGCUCGCCCCUGCAGUGUGCUUUAUGUGGGGCGGUCCUUGAAAACUUCAAUUGGUCCUGCAUUGCCGGGACUAAAUGAGCCUCUGGAUCCCUUCCAGCUCUACAAUUCUGUGAAAACACAGCAGCCAGGUUACUGGCUGGAAUUCCAUUUAGAUCUCAUAACCCUUGUUUUAGAACAGCUACACUGGUUGCCAGUUCAUUUCUGGGUUCAGUUCAAGGUGUUAGUGUUUAAAGCCCUAAAAGACUUGGUCCUCAUAUACCUGAAAGACUGCCUCCUUCCCUAUUGGGUGCUAAAUUUGACAAAGAGAAACCUUCUGGUUGUUCUACCACCCUCAGAAUUUCACGCCAGCAGUGGUGGCCUGGGAGAGGGCAUUCUCAGUGGUGGCCCCUAAGUUGUUGAACUCCCCACAUAGGUAUAUCUGGCAAUACUAUUCUGGCAAAUGCUGAAGAUUCACUUUUUUACCCCGGCCUUCGACACUUGAGAUGUAUAUUUGUAGGACUCACUUUAUUUUCAGUUGUUUUUAAUACAGUCGUACCUUGGAAGUCAAACAGAAUCUGUUCCAGAAGUCUGUUUGACUUCCAAAACGUUCGGAAACCAAAGCGCGGCUUCUGAUUGGCUGCAGGAAUCGGAAGCCCCGUCAGAUGUUUGACUUCCAAAAGAACGUUCGCAAACCGGAACAGUCACUUCCGGGUUUGUGGCGUUUGGGAGCUAAAAUGUUCGAGAACUAAGCUGUUCGAAAACCAAGGUACAACUGUACUGUAUUUCAGUUGUUGUGAUAUGCCUUGAGAUUUUAGGUGGAAGGGCUGGUAAUAAAUUUUAAUAGUAAUAACAACACCACCACUGAUAUUUUAUGUAACCUGCCCUGGGCUCAACCGGCUGCUAGUUAGAAUAAUGAAUAAAUUAAGCAAGUGUUUAUUCUCCAUUUUAAACCAUCACCUACUGUGAGCCUUGGUGAUGAGAGGGUGUGAGAAUACAAUAACCACCUUAAAUAUUUUCUCGACAUGCUGGGCCAGAAGCUUGAAAUGGGAUCUUGAGCUGAAGGAGCAUGGUGUGAGGAGGCAGGGAAUGUGUACACAUCAAGAAUAUGCCGACACUGUCCAGAAUAAUAAGGUUUUUCUAGUGGGUGAUGUUUUGUUCAGGUAUCUGGAACAGGAGGUUGUCAUUAUUCUUUGUGCUUCUUUCCAACUAGAUGCUCAGGAAGUUUUGAAAAGAGAGAGUCAUGUAGUAAAUAAAACCGCACUUCAAGUCAGACAGCCCCAGCAGGAGGCUGCCCAAGCUGCCCCACAAAUGUCGGCUUCUCUCGCUGUUGUUCAGAACGAUUUGCAAGAGCCCGUAGACGAAUGCAUGCUAGUUCUGUUGGUGGAAAACACCAGUGGCUUAUCAGAAUCGGACAAGGAUUUCACUGUGGAAAUUUUGCCGGAGCUCAGUGCUGCUGUACUCAGUUUCAUCAAGCCUAUAGGUAAGAGAGAGAAUGGAUAAAAGGUACUAAAUAAGGUCUCCUACCUGCCCCCCUUUUAAAGGAGCCAGGCAAUUGGAAAAGGAAAGGAAAACGGGUUUCUACUCAGCGUUGAACUUGUUGGAACUUGCCCCAUAGUGUUUAACUUAGGAAUAGGGCACAGGUGGACCUCUAGAUGUAGCUGGUCUCAAGUCCUUUCAGCCCAGCCAGGGAUGAUGGGAGCUGCAGUCCAGUAAUAUCUGGAGGGCCACAGGUUCCCUCUCCCUAGCAGAAGUGAUGGGGCUCUGGUAAUGGCAAGCCCUUGAGAGUAUCCCUUCUGAAACUCAGCAAGUGUCUAAAACCUUUGCUUUGUUCAAGUAUGUGGGUUCCCUCCUGAGACAGUGCUUGCCACCUGCCAUGCUUAGAAAUGCUUGUGUUAAAAUAACAUCCUAAAAUUGAUCUACCACCGCCUAAUGCACCAGUGCACCUUUUUGUCUGUUCGAAAGCUUUAAAAAAUUGUGUUUAGCCCAGGCCUGCCAAGCUUUUAGCCCCGUAGAUGUUGCGGAACUACAGUUCCCAUCAUCCCUGGCUGUUGCACAUGCUUGCUGGGGUUGAGCAACAUCUGAAGGGCCAAAUGUUCCCCACCCUUGAACUCACCGAUGCAUUGGUUGAACGUUGCAGCUCCUGAUGUGAUGCUUCUGAAUGCAUGUGUUUGCUUGGCAACUCUAGAUUGUCCUGUCUGUUUGACAAGAGUUGUGCCAUACUGGGUAUAUCAAGAAGACACAUGGUCUUUCUUUUGGAUUGCAUUAAUUUUGCCAUCACAAAGGCAGCAGAGGAGGGAAAGGUUCUGUCGCUACAGUCAUCCUGGCCAUAUGAACAGAAGGGUAAUUGAAGGAAGAUACAGUGAGCCUAAUCAGAAUUGUUCCUUGGGGAUGUGAAUUUGGAACUGGAAUGAGAUCCAAGAAGAGGAGAUGGGGAAGACAAGGUGAAAUCCUGUGCAGUGGAGAGAAAAAAUGGGAAUAGAUUGAAGAUGUGAGUGACUGCACCUUGGGGCAGCUUGGUGAAUACUCAGUAAAGGUAAAGGGUAAAGGGACCCCUGACCAUUAGGUCCAGUCGUGACCGACUCUGGGGUUGCACGCUCAUCUCGCUCUGUAGGCCGAGGGAGCCGGCGUUUGUCCACAGACAGCUUCCAGGUCAUGUGGCCAGCAUGACUAAGCUGCUUCUGGCGAACCAGAGCAACGCACGGAAACACCGUUUACCUUCCUGCCAGAGCGGUACCUAUUUAUCUACUUGCACUUUGAUGUGCUUUCGAACUGCUAGGUUGGCAGGAGCAGGGACCUAGCAAUGGGAGCUCACCCCGUCGCGGGGAUUCGAACUGCCGACCUUCUGAUCAGCAAGCCCUAAGCUCUGUGGUUUAACCCACAGCGCCACCCGUGUCCCAGAAUACUCAGUACACAUAGUUAAUUGUGUUGCUUACUGCUAUUUCUUUAAAUUCUCUUUUAGAAAUAGACCAAUUUAUCAAAGACUUCAAUCAGUACCAUAGGGCUAAGCAAUUACACAUUUCUGCACAUUCUCUGGAGGUGACGAAAAGCAUUCUGGUAGAAGACAUCCCGCCUCGCAUAUCUCAGGACUUCAUCAGUGUCUAUUUUGAAAGCAAGAAGCAUGGAGGUGGACCAGUGUCAGAUGUCUACUACCUUCAGGAAGAGAAUUCGGCUGUGGUUACUUUUCAGGAUAGCAAAGGUAAUUUGUACUACUUGAUAAGGUGGGCUCAUAAUCCUGGAUUAUUGCUAAUAGCAGGGUAAUAAUCAUUGUGAUCAAUGUAUUUUGGUGGUAAUCAGGUGGCUUGCCUAGCUUUCUGACUUUUGGGAAGAGAAUGAAGUACAAUAUGCAGCAAGAGUCCCUAAGUACCAAAAUACAAACAUCAGAAAAAACCAAAAAAUAUGAAAAUAUACUUGUAAUGUAUUCAAUAAGCUUAUGAAAACGUAAAUAAACAUUAAUGCAAAUGGGACAAUUAACAACACACCAUGGAACAACUGGUUACGGAUCUGUUUUUAUGAAUAAGUCAUUUUCACAUAUGACCCAAUAAUCUUAAAAUUUUGGGAAGAGUAUGUUCAACAAAUUGCUCAUGUGCAUCAAUGGCAGACUAAGUCUCUUAACUGAGCAGCUUUCUUAUAUAUAUAACAGCUUAUUAACAAUGUCAUGGUAUGAACAAAUAAAAUAAAUACUUGAGCACAUUGAAGGUACAGUAUAUUUUCAUAUUUGUGGGUCUUUCUGUUGUUUUUGUAAUUCUUAGAAGAGAAAAGUUUGCCAAGCUGACAUUGGCUGUAGUUAUGCAUCUCACGAAGCCAUGGUUUGUUUCAUGAAUUUUCUCUCAUGAGCAAACAAGCCACAGUUGUUUCUCCAACCUCUUUUGCAAUGAAGUUUGAGAGGCUGUUCUAGGUCUCUGCUGAAUAUAAUAUAGGAAAACAGCUAGAGUUGCCAAGAUGGCCUGUCCAUGCAAAAGCCACUAAGCCCUAUUGAACGCUUCUAAGUAAACAUACCUAGGAUUGCAUUGUAAUAAUUUAUCCUAGGCUAUACUGUAUUAGUUUGUGGAACUGAUGUAUUAGGAGAAGCACAGCUCAUUCCUUGAGUUUAGUCUUGAGUGUAGUCAUUUUGAUUGCAAAGCGGGGGCACAAAACAAAAUACAACCCUCUGUACCAGUUUUAGUUUGAGAGAACAUGGGGAAGGUAGGAAAUUUGAAAGCAAUAGUGAUGAGGGUGUUGGCAGGGCUGGUGGAGGAAAGCAGGCUGGAAUGGUGUACUGACAUAACUAGGUGUGGCUGAAGGAACAAGCAGGUGGAUAUUUGACCCUUCUGACAGAAAUCAGAAACUCUUCCAGAAAGUGAAAUGGUCACAGGGAAGGCAACUGGAAGUGAUCCUGAGCAAUCUUGGCAUCUGAAGGAGGGAAGAGAAACCCACUGGCCAUGUGGGGUGACGAUUAGUUUCAUUAUUGAACUGUGUCCAAGUCUAAUGUGGUGUGGAGGGGGCUAUGCAGAGCAGAGCAGUAAGUGUUGGGUUACGUGGAGGGAGUUGCACACUAAUCUGGAGUCGAUCAUGUUGUAUUUAUGGUAGUUGUGUCUCUUCUUUCUCUCUUUUUUAAAGAUGUAACUACCGUCUUGAAGCGGAAGCAUUCUUUUAACAGCGUGCCAGUUCUUGUCCAUCCAUACUAUGCCUCUUUGGGAGCAGCUCUCUACGGGAAAGAGAGAUCACAAAUUAGGGUGCUGGACCCAAUCGGACUGCCGAUAGAUCCCUACCACUGGCAAUUUUUACAGCAGAAUCCACAGGGACUUGAGGAAAUCAGCCAUGCAAUGGCAGGUUGCUAUUGUGAGGUUGAGUGGCCUGCUAGGUAUUGUUCACACCCAGAAAUUACCCUGCGUCCUACUCUUGCCUUAUCUAAGCAGAAAAGCUUCCUGAUCAGGACCUGGCAAGAAAAUGUUUCUACCCGUUUGACACAGUUCCUGUCCAAGCAGAAGGUUGCCAAGUGUGUAUUGAAUGCUGAAAUCUGGGAAGCCAUAAGAAAUAACAUAGUAAAAGAUGACAUUUGGAUCUUGCUCGAUAUUGCAAAGAGGAUAGUUGUCUUGGUUGGGGCACCAGAAGCUGUCAGGUGCUUAGAGGAGGAAAUGCAGGUGCUCAUUGAAAAAGCUGCUAAAAAGAUUGAAAGAGAGAAGCAAACAAUAGAGGCAACUGUUCCUGUUGUUGCUGGAAAAUACACUAUUUUAAACAAUGCUGGACUACGGGAUAGUAUCCACAUGGAGUACCCAGAUCUAAAGAUUGCAUAUGAUGCUUCCAAAGGACUUAUAACACUGCAUGGUGUAGCUGCUGAAGUUUUUAAAAUAAAAAGCGACAUUUUUGAAAGGAUAUCCCGCAUGGACCAACGAUAUGUUGAUGUUCAUCCUUACAUUCUUCUUUUUAUGCAACAUGUAGAUAAUGAACAUCUAUCACAACUCUUGUUUUGGUCCAAAAAGAUCAAUGCAUUCUAUGAGCUUGAGGGGAAGGCAGUUCUACUGAUUGGAGCAGCUCGCCAGGACCUUCAACGGGCUGAGGAAGAAAUGAAGAUGAAGCUGACCUGCAAAUGUGUUGAACUGGAGGACAACUCGAUUCUCAGAAAGAGAGAGUGGAAAGAACUGACCAACAGUUUGUGCAAGAUUGUACAGCUGAAUAAUUGUUCAAGUGAAACCAUCAGAAUUCAGGAGAUGGAGGAUCAAAUAGUGAUUGCAGGCUAUUUCGAAGAUGUAGGCAGUGCCUAUCAGAAGAUCUUUGAUUUUGUUGACAGAAACACAAAAAUACAAAAAACCAUCAGGACUAAAUCUACAGCAGUUACAAUGUAUGUGGAAGAGGAGAAGCGUAAUAGUUGGCUUAAAUUGGAGCGGCAAGGCAUAACAAUCCGUUUUGGCACGCAGGCAAAUCGCAGGCUGAUUUCCCUGGAAGGACCCCGGGUAGAAGUCCUGAAGGGACUUGAGCUCUUUCAAAACACCCUGUCCUCUCUGUAUUGUACUAAAAUGGUAAUAGAUAAACCAGGAGCCAAAGAAUUCUUCAAGGAACAAGAACAUUUAUAUGUUGCUGGUGCCAAACAACAAUUUAACUGUUUGAUCAGGAUUCAGGAAAGCUCGGAAGAAAGUGAAGAGGAGGGCAGAGAUGUGAAUAGACCUGAAGAAAAGAGACUGCCAACCUGCGAAGUUAAGCUAGGAGAUGGCAUUGUAGUAGCAGUUCAUAAGGGCGACUUGACCCGUUACUCGGUUGAUGUUGUGGUCAAUGCAUCCAAUGAAGACCUGAAGCACAUUGGUGGCCUUGCAUAUGCGCUGUUAAAAGCGGCUGGCCCACAGCUACAAAGUGAGUGCGAUGACCUAGUCAAGAAGUAUGGAUGUUUGAAGCCUGGCCGUGCGAUUAGAACACGUGCUUGGAAUCUUCCAUGUAAAGAAUUGAUACAUGCAGUUGGGCCGAGGUGGAACCAUUCAGAAAAAGAGAAAUCUACCCAACAGUUAAAGGAAGCCGUGAAGCAAAGCUUAAACCUGGCAGAAACAUAUAGCCAUCGCUCCAUAGCCAUCCCUGCCAUAAGCUCUGGGAUUUUUGGAUUUCCAUUAGAAGAGUGUGCCCAUACCAUUGUAACAUCCAUUAAGGAACACUUGGAAGAAACCUCUGGGAGUGGCUGCCUAAAAGAGAUACUCCUUGUGGACUCUAAUGAAAAUACUGUUCGGGCACUGUCAGAAGCCUUGAAUGAAAUAUUCGCAGACACAUUGCUCCCAUCUAAGUCUUCCUUAACCUCCAAAACUAAGAGCCACACUACAAAGAGUAGUAGGGAACCUCAAGAAGUAACUACGGCUGAAGGUGUGAAAAUAGUACUACAGAAAAAGGGAAUUGAAGACUCCACAGUAAGUUGCUGCUGCAGUUUUUUCAAACUCCUUUUUAAAUAGUGUAGAGUGGACUAAAUGGUCAAUGCAAUUAAAAUAAAAUCUGCUUCAGUGCAGUUAGUUAGAAAAGCACAAAGGUGAAAAAACAAAGGAGAUUAUAGAAUCAUAGACUCAAAGAAUAGUGAAGUUGGAAGGGACUCUUCUGUUCUUAGUGACCUGCACAGUAGCAAUGUGUCUGUGCUACAAUAUGUAUGAAUUGAAGCUUGCUUACACCAUUAUUGGCCCAGGUGCCACAGAGUAAAAUUACAGAAUCUCCACAAAUGUCUUCUUUCCCAUCCCCUACAAUAGUUAAUGGCAUUUGCAACUUCUUGAUUUUGAGUGUGUCAGUUCUUAAUGAUAGUUAAAGCUGGUAGAACUCUUUGCAACUUCUAACAUUUCCCCUCUGUGUUGGAAUUCUAAGAACAUCUGGAGGGUUGCAGGUUUUCCAUCUCUGCACAGACGGGCAGGCAGAUAAACGGGACUCUGCUUUGCUGCGUUGGGGGUGGGGUCGCUCUGGUGGCGUUGGCAACGAGGGCUGGGCUGGUGUCCCCUGCCAUCAUGUGCUAUUCCUGGCUUGUCUUUCUCCCUUUUCUUUUUUUAGGCGAAUGUAAUUGUCAACAGCGUUUCCAGGGACCUGCAGCUGGACAAAGGCCCGCUCUCCAAGGCUCUGCUUGCCCGAGCAGGAAUGGAACUCCAGGAGCAAUUGACCAAAGAAGGUCAAGGAAAGGACAUCAAAGAGGGAUGUGUGUUGAAAACAAAUGGCUAUGCUCUGGGAUGCUUUCAUGUGCUGCAUGCCCAUUUGCCUUCUUGGAAUCAGGGUAAAAAAUCUAAGGUAUGGCUUUAUACUACCGCCCAAUGCAGUGGUGGCUGGUUUCCAUUGGGAAUGCUGGGGCAGAAUGUGGGCAAGCCGACAGAAAGUGGAGCUGGAGUCAAUGGCAGGCCGAGCCCACCCUCCUGCCUGCUGCGUUCUACAAGGGCAGCACUAAGGCUGAAGAGGGGGAAACUGUCAGGUGGUGGCACUAGGGGUUGCUUGUGAAGGAGAAGGCAGGCAGGUGGGGAGCUGGCUGCAAGCAGACUGAGGUUGGAGAGCACUACUGCCAUUUUCCCCAAUGGACCAGCUUCCACUAGUCAAGUGUUCAGAAAAACUGACCGGAGAUGUGUUAUGCUCCAAUUUCAGUUGGAUAGCUGCCUUCAGCCCAUCCAGAUUUAGAUGUUUUUCAUCUUGCUGGUUUGGGGAAGUCCAGCACUGAGGCAUUCUCAAAGUAAAGGAAGGAUUGAACUCUGAUUAAUAAGAAUACACACAGAGGCUUGAACCAGCAAGACUCUGGGAAGGGUGCGUAUAAUAAUCUCUGCGUGCCUCCACCCCUCGGCCCAGGUCGUUUUAUUCACAAAAUAACUUUUACAGAGUGUUCGUAAAAACCAAUCAGAUUCUUCUGAGCAUUUCAACAAACCCCACAUGGGGACAAAGUUAAACUACCAAAACAAAUUAAGCACACAUAUUUCUGGGGUAAACAAUACAAAACUACAAAGGAGUGCAUUUGGCAACCCCUGAAGUCAUAAUCAAGCAAUACACAUGAUAAGAAGGAUGGUCAAGAAGACAGUGAUCAUUAUCACCUUCAGGUGAGAUCUGUUUCCUGGCCCUAAGAUUAACAUUCUAAGAUUAACAUAUCAGAAAAGCUACAUCGAAGAAACUUGCCCACUAUCUUUAUGGCCCAGGAUGCCUUCCUGGCAAGCAACUGGAAGCAACUGGGCUGCAUGCGUGACUUGUCAAGAAAGAGAAAUGGGCAGUAGAGGAAAUGGCCAUAGAUGCACAGGGUUGUGGGAUUUGAUCAGAAAUUAUUGUCAAUGUAUCAAACCCAGUCAACACAAUGCGUUCAUCGUGGACACAAUGGCUUGAUGCAUAUUUUAUAAUUCCUCAUAGUAAUCCCACCUGACCCCACACUCUGGAUAUUUGCACUCCUACACAGCACCAACCUAUUCAACUCACACGCAUUUCCUUUUAUCUGGAUUAAUUCAGCUGUGCUGGCUGUCUUGGAAAGAGUUGCAUUCAUACAGCUAAUUUGAUUUGUCUUGGAAACCAUUUAAUUGCAGAUAUCCAGAAGAUGCCACCUGUCAAGAAAUGCUUAAACUGCAGGUUCUAAAAUGUUUCCUUUUCCGGCCUCCAGAUCCUGGGAGAGAUUCUUGAAGAAUGUCUGGAAACCACUGAGCAGCUUUCUCUGAAUUCCAUCGCGAUCCCAGCCAUUGGGACGGGUAACUUACUAUUUCCCAAGCAGUUUGUUGCUAAAGCAAUGUUCGAUGAGGUGUUCAAAUUCAGUCGGAAAGCGAAUCCCCGCUCUCUUAAAGAAGUCUAUUUUGUUCUGCAUCCGAGUGAUACGGAUACCAUCAAGGUAACUAUCUCUUUUGCAGCAUCCUUUUUGUUAAAUACAGCUAUUCGAUAUUAAAGAUAGCUUUAGAAGAUCCUAAGUGUUACAGGAGCAGUCUCUUCCCCCCCAAAAAAAUCAGAUCUAGCAUGUCCCUCAAAAUAUGAAUCUUUUCCUUUUUGCAUGGCCAAUGUGUUAUCUUGCUCCUAUAUUGCACAUUAACACACAGACAGUGAGGCAGAAAAGCUGGCUGGGACAAUCUGCAUCAAUGAAAUUACUGCAUCAGUGCAAGAAAAAAUCCUCUUCCAGUUUGAUGAUAUCCCUAACAUCAUCCUACCUGUUCUACUUUUCUCAACUAGGUGAUAUAGGCUAGAUCGCAAAUACUCAAGUGCCGCAUAGAAAUGUGACCCCCUGCUCACCAAAUGUGUUUUUUGUGGCUUCUUCUCCUUAGAUGGGGGUAACCAAUGCAGUGUCCUCAUGAUGUUGUUGGACUCCAACUCCCAUCAGCCCCAGCCAUCAUGACCAAUGGUUAGGGAUGAUGAGAGUUGUAGUCCAAUAACAUCUGAAGAACAGCACAUGAGCUACUCUAGUCCUGGGAAAAUGGAUGGAAGGAGAAUUUCACUCAAACUGCAGGAUAGUCUUUGUCAACUGGUGCCCUUCAGAUAUUUUGGACCACAACUGAUUGGCGUUGUAGUUCAGAACAUCUGGACAACACCAGGUUGGCAGAGGCAGCUGUCAGAAAGCAUAGCAAAUUUGAUGUCAGUCAGUUAUUUCCCAGUGCUGGAUUGGUUGGGAAGUGAAACAAAUGGGCUCUGAAGCUAUGCAGCUUGCUUGUCUGGACCAUUUGAUCCCCUCUGCUUAGUGUUAGAUGCUACAAAAGAAUGCAGCCCACGUCUAGUGUAUUGUCAAAAACGGGUCUUGCUUGAGUAGUAUUUGCAAACAGCUUUUCUGCUUUACAAAAGCUGGUUCUUUUGCACCAUAAAUCACUGGAAAGGAACCUCUGGCUCACUGGUGUAAAUUAAUCCUAGCAGGUGUUUUUGCCUAUUAUGAAGUCUCUUUCUCCCAUCCACCCCCUGUCCUGAUGUCAGGUAAAGAUGCAGCUUCAAAGGAAUAGUUGUGCUCCUGAUCGUUCCUUGGCAAGUGGGGCUUGUAUGCAAUGCCUUUUGAAUUUUGACACCAAAUGGGAGUUUCUGAUCAGGAACUCUGUGGAGUGUAGCCAAGUCAUGCGGAAAAAGCAAGCACUGCAGUAAUUUCAAGCCCUGCUGGGAAAGGUUACCCUCCUGAGAAGAGCUGAUCCAUGCAGGGCUUGAGGUUGCUGUCAUAGCUGAUCAUCAGUGACUCACAGUGAGUUAUCAAAUGUGCAUAUGCUUAUUUGGCACAAUAUUUCUGCUUCUGCUAGUCAUGCAGACGACAAGAAUGCAUUAAACACACACACCGAGUCCUACCCACCUUCAUGAAAGAGACUUAAACUUUAGAGGCAGUGCCAAUACUCUUUCAAACCUCUCAUCUAAACAGUUUAAAUGUAAACAUGGCUUCAUAAUUACAACAGAAUGACUGCAAAGGCAGUGAUGUUCCAGAAGAAAUACCACAUGUCACCCUUCUUGUCUCUUUUCCUGAUAAUGUGUUCAUUGUAACGAAACCCUAAAAGCCUGUUUGAAGUUUUAGCCUGUUUUUAUUGUGGAUUUCCCCCCCUCCUCUAGGCAUUUACAGAUGAAUUAAACAACAGACUGAAUCCCAGCCAAACAAAUAUAGUACCUGACAGCUCCCAACAGCUAGGUCAAGGUAAAUCUUGUUUUCAGAAAAUCCCACCUGCAAAAACAAAAAGCAAAGCGUUUGGAGCUUGACCCAGAAAUAGUGGGAAUUCUGGAAUCUCCUGAUGAGGAAGAAAAGCUGAAAGAGCUGAGGAAAGCUGCAGAAAACAUUUGAAGAUCAAGGUUUUCAUGUAAAAUAAGGGAGAAGAUGAGCCAGUAUAUAUUUAUUCUCUCUACAUAGGCCAGUAGCCAAAUAGCAGCAGAGCUAGUUUUGUGAUGCCAAAUGUAUGUCCAUAUUUUUCUUUGAACAAGAGUCCCGUGUGCCAUGUGACAAACUGCAUUUUGAAAUGUACGCUCAAAAAGUACUUUUGUGAUAUGUUGUGGGAUAGUCCUUAGAACAGGAAAAGCUCACAGGUUCCACUGGGCUACUACAAGCAUCUUGUGUCACCCUAAAGCAGCUCUUUGGAAUCCUGGCCAUGACUCUAGCGGUGAAGUUAGUCCCAAUAAGCAGUGUGUGAAGUAAACUCAGGUAGCAGUGAGUCUUUGAUCUUGCUAGGUCCGCUUUUCUCUUCUACGGCAUGACUUGUGAGAAGCCACCUUCUGCUUCAAACUAACCAUUUUAUGCCCAGGACUGGGAAAACUCCAUCUUUCCCCAGUGUGGAUUCUAGCAAAAGAAAUAAAAAUGAUUUUAUUUAACUCAGGGACUGGAUGCUUUCAACCUCCUCUUCCUUCACUGUACAGUAGUACCUUGGUUCUCAAACUUAAUCCGUUCCGGAAGUUUGUUCCAAAACCAAAGCAUUCCAAAACCAAGGCGUGCUUUCCCAUAGAAAGUAAUGCAAAACAGAUUAAUCUGAUCCAGACUUUUAAAAACAACCCCCAAAACAGAAAUUUAACAUGAAUUUUACUAUCUAAUGAGACCAUUGAUCCAUAAAGUGGAAACAAUAAUCAAUGUACUGUACUAUAAAAUAAAUAAGACAGUAUUGUAGAUAAUAAAAAUUUAAAUUAAAUUUUUUUCUUACCUGCACUGAUGAUAGUCAUUGUUUGGAUGGGGGGCUUUUAUCUAUUUCCGCAGUCACACAAUCAAUCCAUCAGUAGCUGAACUGGGUUCCAGACAGUCACGAAAACAAAUUAACCGGAAAAGCCUCAAAAACAAAAACACAAAAUAAAUAUCAAAAACAAAAGCACCAAACUUAAUCCAUUCCAGAAGUCUGUUUGACUUCCGAAAUGUUCGAAAACCAAGGCGCAGCUUCUGAUUGGUGCAGGUGCCCCAGAAACAAUAGCCGACAACCUCAUUGAACGUUUGGCUUCUGAAAAACGUUCAAAAGCCAGAACACUUACUUUGGGUUUUCGGUGUUUGGGAACCAAGGCAUUUGAGAACCAAGGUACCACUGUACUGGGGCAGAGAAGGGAAAAAUGGGACUGCAUGUGCCUGAGGUUUGAUGUUGCUCAUUCAUGACCAGGGAUGGCAAUGUGGUGCCCUCCAGAUGUUGUUGGACUACAGCUUUUACCAGCUCCAGCCAACAUGGGUGUUGGGAUGAUGGGUUUUGUAGUUCAACCACACCUGGAGGCAACUGCAUUGCUUACCCCUGUGCUACGACUAUGCCUACUUUUGAAAAGCUCCAGUGUCUAAUGGGGACCAAAUUGGAUUCAAUCUGUGCUGCUUUUAUUCAAUUCAACGUCCUGACUGGGGUGAAAGCUUUAUUAAAACGAUGAAUUGAGGACAAAGAGUCAUCUCCUGAAAAGCAUUGGUUGGAUAGGUAAAUAUCCUACAGCUAAAUGCUUAGGAGAAGGGGAGCCAAAUAUAUAGACAUUUAUCUCUCUCUUUUCCCCUUUACAGCUUCCUUUGGGAGUAUUUCAUCGCCAAAGUCUGAAGUUCAUAAAAUGCAGAUUGGCCCAGUUCUGUUGCAGGUGGAAUGUGGAGAUAUCACCCAAGAAACCACAGAUGCUAUAGUGAACAUAACCAAUACCACAUUUGAUCUUAAAGUUGGUAUGUUACAAAACCUAUGAGGUCAUUCCCCUGUCUGUCUGUAAUUGGUAUAUAUGCCUGGGUGUACUCCCUCCAACCUUACCAUUCCAAUCUUGAUAAGCGAGUGCCUUGUUCGUAGCUAUGUGUCUAAUUCAGUUGAAAGGAAUGAUGUUUGUUCUAGUUUUGGAAUAAAGUCCCAUAGCUGGCAGAGGCAUGUGAUACACAUGUGAUACACAUGACAUAUUCCACACACACCCCCGUGCUCCACACACAACUAUGUGCUGUACAGAAAAAGAAGCAACUGUGUGUAUGCUCUGACAUCAAUAGAAAGCCUCAGCCAUUCUGUUCUUGGGGAUCCCACUGUGGUCGAAAAACUGCCCUGGGAUUUCCUGAGCUUUCCUACCCCAGUGUAGCUUGGUCUUCAGUAUCAUUCUGCCUAAGUGAUAGAGAUUUUACAAAGCAUCAGAUGCAGAUGUGUAAUAAAAUGCUUGUCUCUAUAUGAGCAGUAGAGAGCUGGACCACAAAGCAGAGCCUUGACUUUGCUUCCAGUUCCUCACCAAGCACCAGAUUGUUAUCUAUCAUGGGAAUGUUCCUUUUAUACCGAAUUCAGUUAUGCAUGCAUGCUGCAUUCAUAGGAACUUGAUUAUGGCUAUAUGUGCAUGUAUCCUUUGCUGUAUGUGGGUUGUUAAUCUUUACUGGUAAUCUUAUUUUCUCAGAGAAAUGUAAUUUUUAUUUAUUUAAGGUGUUUCCAAAGCAAUUCUGGAUGGAGCUGGACCAGGGAUGGAACAGGAAUGUGCUCAACUAGGUACAAAUCUACUUUUUACAUAAGCAGGGGUGGGUUUGGUUCCCCUCCCCACCGCUGCCCAGCACUGGUGGUCAGUAGUGAAUGCCAACAACGUUCUUGAUCUUUGAAGCACGAGUAGUUACAGGCCAGUGAAACAUGUUAAAGGCUAUUUAUGCCUGAAGAUAACUGAGAGUGACUGUUGCUCAUUUGCUACUUUGCACUUCCCUGCUCCUUAAGUUAUUGGAUCUUAACUGUAUACAGCCAGUACAAAAGUAGUGUCUGUGAUUUGGCAGGAAAUUGCAUGUUGGUCAUCCACGUGGCUAUGAAGUGUCUCAUUUCAUUUAGCUGCAGACGGUAAAGUAAAAUGUUAGCCAUCUGUAUGUAGGAGCCUUGUCUUCUUCCUUCUGGUCGUGGUAGCCAAUAAUUUCUCCAAGUAGUCAGUGGGUUCUGCUUCCUGCUUCACACAGGCAAACUUAAGUUUGUGUUCCUUUUUUGUCCCCAAGGAAUUCAGUUGUGCAUGGAACUUUUGUAUCUGUAGAGACUGCCUGCUGCAGAUAUUCCUCCUUAUUCUGCGAGGGACCAGGAGAAUUGUCAUGGUCUUGUGGGUGGGGCUAAAUGUGCAGCCCUGCUAUAGCCUUUUCGGUCCUCAGUGGACUGAACAGCUUCACAGAAUGGUUCUUGCAUACCCGGGACCAUAAAUGUCUCCCUCUUAAACAGAACUGCAUUGCUUGUCAGUUUAUCAGUGGUAUAAAGUGCAGGCAGUGAGGGGAGGCCCUGCUUGCUUAGAGGGCAUGGGAAGCAGCACAGAUAAUUGGAUACUUGGGUUGUUUCUAACACCCUCCCUGGUGUUAGAACAUCUGCCCCAGAGAUGAAAUAUUGCUGUUUCAGGACUGGAAGAACAGGAUAUCUCUGGAACAAAAUUGUGGAAGGAUAUGGGAGCUCUGUGCACGCAAAAAUUGUAUGGAAAGGCUUCUAAGAUGGAAGGCAUAUACUCCUCCUGAGUAGAGGCUGCCUUGUUUGUUCCACAUAUCACUCUCCCCCCGCUACUCAUUUCUUUCAGCUACCCAGCCUCACAACAAUCUCAUAUGCACGCAAGCAGGAAACCUGAAGUGUAAAAAUGUAAUCCACCUUGUGGCCCAAGAAGAUACCAAGGCACAAGUCUCCAAAGCUCUUGUGGAAUGUGAACAAAGGCAAUUUUCCUCUAUUGCCUUUCCUGCAAUUGGGACAGGUCUGUAUUGCCUUGAGGGGAAACAAUGGUGCAGCAGUAAGUGGGUGGCAUAAUUGAACUUCCAGUGGUGCUAAUGGUGGUGGCUCAGGAUUUUUAUUCUUUAUUCAGCAAAAUGUAGACACUACUCAAUUGUAACAAAACUACUAAGUGGUUUGCAAAAUAGUCCUAUAUGGCACCACUAUACUAAAUAAGAAACAUGGGAAAGGUUAAGAUCGUUGACACUGCUGCUCCACUCCUCAUCAGCCCUGCCCCACACCCUCCUUGAGUGUUUUUGGCUGGCUGGGAUAUUAUUUUGAACUCGUGAUAAUGGUUCUUGCCUGCUGGGUUGAGAAUAGAGGUGUGUGCAUUAUGUGUGUGUGUGUGUUUGGGUAAUACAGUAUUGCACAAAGGCUUUUUCUGUGUCUAAAAAUAUAAGCGCUGCUUCUUUAUCAUUUCUUUUUUCUUAGAGUUUGAUUAUGUUUAUAAUGUUCCUUAUAUUAUUCCUCAUCUGUCUGUCCAGUAAGAAGGCUGUUUGGUCUUCACGUAUGUAUGUUUUCAGAGUUUCUUUCAUUCUUUUUACCAAAAUAGCCGAAACAAGUUUAUAAUCAUUGUUUAAUAGUUAGAUGGGCCUAAAGUCUUUGGGGUUCUGUAUCUCUUUCUCAGAUUUGGAACUUAGUGUUAUGAAUGCCUUCUUCCAAGUUUUGGGUAUGCCGCCUCCUUUUGGGGCUCUAUUCAUUACUUCAUUCAGUGGAGGAAUUAUGAUUUCUUGAAAUUUUUUAUAAUAGGUAGAUGUGAGUCUAUCAGGUCCUGGUGAUUUUCCUAUUUUUUGCUUGUUUAAUGCCAAUAGUUAUCUCUUCCAUUGAUAUUGGUUCAUUAAGAUAGUUUAUUUGUUCCGUUGUUAGUCCAGAAUUUUUAUUAUUAUUGCAGGUCAAGCAAAACGUGACCCAGCUGCAGUGGCCAAUGAUAUGAUAGAUGCUAUAGUAGACUUCAUAAGUCAAACACCUUCUCCACAGGUGAAGAUGAUUAAAAUAGUAAUUUUCCAGCCACAUCUUCUAAGUAUUUUUUUUGCAAGUAUGCAAGGAAAAGAAGCUGCACCUAGCAAGCAUGGUGGCACAUCCUCGUCAAACUCCAUUUUUUCUAGAUUAGUAGGUAAGUAGAUGGCUUCUAUAUGUGUAGAACUUCUUGACUGCAGAUGCAUUAAGUAGUUAAAAGCAUAACCUGUCCCUGAAUUGAUGUUCUGUUGCAGAUUUCUUUAGCUUCAGAAAAUCCGCUGAGGGAGCUAAACCUACAAUACUUUUGGAGAGAACAGUAGAGCCAACCAUUUUUCAAAUCUGUGGUGAUAGCCGGAAGAAUGUCGAAGAGGCAGAAUUUUGGAUGAAGGAUCUGAUUUUGAAGGGCCAGUAUGAAACAGUUGUCUCAGAUAAAUGGAUCUCAAACUUUGGAGAAAGUGAAUACGAAAAACUGAGAGCUCUUCAGCAGCGGCUGCAUGUUGCUAUUAGGCUAGAGUAUAAAGAUUCUUCUCCUUCCCUCCACAUUGUUGGUAUAACCAAAGAUGUCUUGAAGGCCAGCUCAAUAAUUAAAAGCAUGGUCCAAAGCAUGGAGGAGCAGUCAAAGGCAGAUAUUCUCAGCAACUUUGUAGAGUGGCAGUAUGAAGACAAUGGGAAAUACAAAGCCUUUGAUAGCCUGACAAAUAUGCAUUUAGAAUCUGCAGCACACCAGCUUGAAAUAACCAUAAGGAACAAAAGCUACAAAGUGGACCCAAGUAAACAAUGUGCAAUGGAUAACCAGGGGAGAAGCAUCACCCUUCGCCGUGUAUCAAAAGCUGAAGGUAAGCUUCUAAGGCAUGAACAAAUUGAUCAGUUCUGUCCCUUGUAUUCUCUGUGUGUCUCACACACAAACACACACUUGUGCAUAUCCAACAUUUCUGCCUAGUAAAGCUCUGAAGGAGAUAGGCCUUGAGUCCAGAUCCAACCUCAACUUGCUUUCUGCCGGCAACCUUCCUGGGCAUUUGCUUAUAUGAAAAGUAACCAUAUUGCAAGUUAUUAAGUGCAGUUUCACAGAUGGCAUGGUGCUGCAUGGGUCUUUUUCUUCUCUUCCUCCUCCUUAUUUAGAAACUGAGUUAAUGGCUGGAGAACUUUUAUUUUGGCUGAGGCCUGCAUAGAGCAAAUAGCUAACUUGUUCAGUCAGACCCGACUCCUCUAAGUCAGCUGCCCAGGAGUUGGUCUUCUCCCGAGUCAUACAUAGCUGUCUCUCCUGUAGGGGCCAAAUGUCGGCUUUCAGGCCUGUCUGUCUUGCUUUUAUGAAUCUACCUAGGCCAAACUCCUUCCCAACCCUGUUCUGUGUUCUCAAGUGAUUUUGCCUUUGUCCGCAAUAAGGACUCACCAAUUUAAAACGACAACAGUGCCGCUCAGAAUACUAGCUUGAAACCUCAAACUGAAAGUUCAUACCGAAACUGAAGUGUGUCCUGAAAUAGGCUUGUAUGCCCUUAGUCAUGGCACUAACAGCACCAUGUUCAUUACACAGGUAAUCUGGCAGUGGACUUACCUGAACAGUGGGAAGACAUGGGGCAAGCGCAUCUCAAAAUAGUGGAGCUAAAACCAGAAACGGAGGAAUAUCAAACUGUCAAGAAGAUGUUUCUCCAGACUUGCAGCGUAUUUACUAUUGUAAAGGUAAAAACAUUAUUUUCAAAGUCUUGGUUUUUUUUCCUGUGGGGUCCCUCCUUUCAUAGUACACAGCUUAUACCAUGUGUUUUUUGUUUGUUUUUUUACAUCCAUGAUGGACCUAAACACAAGAGCAUUCUCUCCUGCGGUUUUUAGAAGCUGAUAUUCAGAAGCAUUUCUGCCUACGACCAUUUAGCACUUAUGCUGCUGGAAAGCAGUAGCUAGUACAGUGGUACCUUGGGUUAAGAACUUAAUUCAUUCCGGAGGUCCGUUCUUAACCUGAAACUGUUCCUAACCUGAGGUACCACUUUAGCUAAUGGGGCCUCCCGCUGCCGCUGUGCCGCCACUGCAUGAUUUCUGUUCUCAUCCUGAAGCAAAGUUCUCAACCCAAGGUACUAUUUCUGGGUUAGCGGAGACUGUAACCUGAAGCGUCUGUAACCUGAAGCGUCUGUAAUCCAACGUACUACUGUAUUGGGUUGAUUCACCCUAAGGCUCCAAAUCUGUUCCUUGUUCAAGUGAUUUAAAAUUUUUAUUCCCAGUGAUGAUACUGGUUGUUAUCGGUGUUCUGUCUUUUUACUUGUAGAUUGAGAGGAUCCAAAAUCCCUACAAAUGGCAGCAGUACCAAAUAAAAAAGAAGGAGAUGGAUGACAAAAAUGGCCAUACAAAUAAUGAGAAGCCCCUUUUUCAUGGAACAGCUUUUACAUCGAUAAAGCUCAUAAAUGAUUACGGGUUUAAUCGAAGUUAUGCAGGAAUGCACGGUUAGUUGAUUAUCAAAGUGUGGCUUUUGUAUGAAUGGCUAGUGACUCUUCAUGUGCCAAACACAUGUUUCUAUGUAUGGGGUUAAAAAGAGAGUGAUUGUUGUGCAUCAAUGUCUGCAGAUACAUAUACUGUCAUUUCAGCAUUUACAAUACUCAGUUUUUGUACCUUCCCCAUCUGUGAUUAUUAUUAUUAUUUAAUUUUAUUAGUCGUCAUUUACUAAAAGUGCUCAUCUUGCAGUAUUGUAAAAAGGACAAAUUUUACCCCAUCCCGCUGCAGUGUGUCUGAUUAUGUCUCUAUUAUAAAAGAGGAGAAAAGGUAGAAGUAUUCCCUUUCACUGGUUACAGUUUAUGGCUGAAAAGAAAAACUGCAGCUGCUUGAAACUCUGUUUUUGUAUUACAAAUUUGGCUGCAAACUGGUUAUGGCUAUUCAUUGAUUAGGAAGGACUCUUCUCAUUCUCAGAGGCUCUCAGAAUUUUUGGUUGAGCCUUUAUUGCUUGACAAGAGUAAGUGUAAUAGUGUUCCCAAGGCAAGGGGAGGCUGCAUUGGAUAGUAGAUUUACUCCUUUUUUACAUUAGAUUUUCUUUUCUAAGAAUUCGGUCAUCCCCAGAUAGUGCAAGGGUAACUUUUUGCUUUUUAAGGAUCUGAGCUGCUUGCCCCUUCUGCACAAGAAGCAAGGUAAAAAGCCUUUCCUUUUCAACCGAGCUCUCUGCUGUACCAGGACAGCUUAUAAACAAGGAGGAGAUGGUUCAUCUGCCUUCUUUCUGAGCCUCUGCAGAAACAGUGCCUUGCAGAAAGGCAGGAAAAAGCUGUCCCACCCUGCAUCACUUCCCUUAGAUGGGCAAAUGGCAAGCACAAUUGAUGGCUUUGCUCCCAAGGUGCAUGAUCCGAAUUCUGCUCACAUGGCAGAGCUUAGUUUUGCAAGAGCAUCUUGGGAUCCAGGCUAGAAGCCUUCUCCUUGGCUCUGGUGAGAGGCAAGUAUUUUCUAAUUGGUGCGGGGUGGGGGGAGGUAAUGAAGGAAAGUUGUGUUGCUAGUGUAUACAGAAAUAAAGCACAGUCAAUAGACAAGGUUGAAUCCUGGAAUGAGAAAAGCACACCCUUAGGCAGACCUGCCAUCUAAAAAACCCCUCUUGUUAGCAGCAUCGCAGCAUUGACUUGUUGUAGUCUGCUAAUAGGAAAAGGAAACUUCCCCAGAUAAGUGUCUGUUACUGUUGAUACCGAUAUGUGUGUUGCUGGAGCCUUUCAAGAGUGAAAGGAUAAUGGUACUUCGCAAUUACUGGCUGCUUUAAACUUUUCAUUUAUCUUUACAGCUGCAGCAUAUGGAAAUGGAACCUAUUUUGCUGUAAAUGCCCAGUAUUCUGCCUCUGAUACUUACUCAAAACCAGAAGCUGAUGGGAAAAAGUACAUGUACCUUGCUCGAGUACUCACCGGAGAAUAUUGCCCUGGAGCGCAAGGAUUAGUUGUCCCCAAACCCAAAAAUGCGGCCGAUCCCACUGUUCUCUUUGACAGUGUGACUGAUAAUGUUUCUAAACCUUCCUUGUUUGUCAUUUUCAAUGAUAUCCAGGCAUAUCCAGAAUAUCUCAUCACUUUUAAGAAGUAAACUUUUCUCUAUCUUGCACUUACCCUGAUGAAAAGAAGUGCCUCUUGUUAUGUAGCAGCAUGCUGAUACUGUAUUUACCUGUACAUAAAUGGAUCUGAUUACGAAAUAAAAUGUUGAUUGGGGCUACUUGCUGAGUAAAAAA